GAGAAGGGGAGCGGAGACAGUGCGCGGGGCACACGGAGCGGAGCAACAGAUAUCGGAAUACGCGACUUGGUUGCACGUUCUAUUGCUGAGACGCAAGGGAAGAACAAGGGGCCCCAGGGAAACGAGCGACGGAUAAGAGGAUCGGGGUAAAUGGUGAUUGGAGCCCGCAGGAUGCACCGCCUUUGGUCUUUUCUCUUGGUGCUGUGCCCAGUUUUGCAGGCACAACAGAUUACUGUCAACGAGAAGAUGACUGGUACCUUGGGCCAGCAAGUCACCCUGCCCUGCACAUUUACCAGCAGUGUCGACAUGCAAGUGACUCAGAUAAUGUGGAUGAAGGACAGUACCAACAUUGCUACCUACAGCCCCCAGUUUGGCAUACACGUGCAGAACAAGAAUGAUUUCAAUCUGACUGCCAGCCCGAGCAGCGCCACGCUCCUCAUAAAGCUGCUGCGGGCUUCUGACGAGGGCAACUAUGUCUGUGAGGUCACCACCUUCCCCGGUGGAAACCGCAAGGGCACUACAUAUCUCAGCGUGAAAGCUGAUCCAAAAAACUCAGCUGAAGCUAUUCCUGUAGUGGCCGGUGACAUAGAGGUUCCGGUAGCAAAAUGUGCAUCAGCCAAUGGCAAGCCUCCUUCCCAGAUCACUUGGAGGUCGACACUCCCUGGCAAUUUCGACAUGACUGUAAAUAAUAACACUGAUGGUACAUAUACGGUGGUGAGCAGCUUCAAGCUCAUCCCAACCUGGACUGCUGACAAGCAAGAAGUCAUCUGCGUGAUUUCCUACGACUCUAAAGAGACGCCGAUCCCCGUCACCCUGUCUGUGCAAUACAGCCCGAUUGUUGCCAUUGAAGGAUACGAUAACAAUUGGUACCUGAAACGGACUGGGGCCUCUCUUACCUGCAAUGCUCAUGGAAACCCCCAGCCUACAGUAUACACCUGGAAAACGGCUGAUGGCUCGCCGCUGCCUAACUCGGUGAAAGCCAAAAAUAAUGUGCUGUAUGUGGAGGAAGUGGAUGAGCGAGUAAAUACAACAAUAGUUUGCGAGGUGACCAAUGCCCUCGGGAGCCGAGCAUCCCAACAGGAGGUGCUAGUGAGAGAACGUGCGCUCGAGACGCAGACAAACAACGCAGGAGCCAUUGCCGGGGGUGUCAUUGGGGGGGUCCUGGUUGUGCUCCUUCUGGCUGCUGUCAUCUUCAUCGUCAUCCGGAGGGGAGGGGUGCACAAGAAAGAACGGGCUUCUUACAACCCCAAGACCCGAAUUUUCGGCAGUGGGAAACCCUCCCAGGAAUUUACCUACCAGGAUGACUCUGAGAUGGGAAAACCUCUGAAAGCCUCUGGUCCAUUGAGAGACAGUGGGUUGAGCCCCUCGCUGGCAGAAGAAGAGGAGGACGAAUCUGAAGAAAGGAUGAAGUACGAUGUUCUGGAGGAUGACGAUGAAGAAGAGAAAUUCAACGAGGUGGGGCCCAUGCUGCAACUUAGACCUCACCAUGACCCCUACCUGGAUGAUGACAUGGAGUCUCAGACUGAUGGAUCAAUCAUCUCCAGGACUGCAGUGUAUGUGUAAUGCUCCACAUUUAAGCACCACCAAGCUCACAGUGACUGCAGGGCCUGUAGCACUCCCACCACAUGGACUGCAGUGUAUCCAUCCACCCUCAUCCCAACAAUAAUCCGGAUUGCUGGUGUCUAUGUACAAAAUGUUCUCAUCCACCCACCAUAUGGACUUCAUUGUGUGUCCUCACCACCACUAUAGCUCCACUCUCCUUCUCUGCAGUGUGCCAUUACCUUGCAUCUCGUACACACUGGCCUCCACGCUCCUAUUUCUAAUGGACAUGGCAAAAACAAAUGUGAUCUUUCUUAAUUCACCAGGAGUGCUAUGGUCUUCUAAUACCCAUUCCCAACACUGCAAUGUUCCUCAUUUCCCACCCACCCCUAAACCACUCGGACUUUAUGAGGGCAGAAUAUGAACAGACUCUUACCUGUGUCACUGUGCAUCUCAGGGCCCUAUUGAUGACUGGGGACUAAAGAAGGGGUGGCUGUUCUCCACUCACAGGGGAGGGGGGGGCAUUUAUUCAUCACGUAAUGGAUGACUUUUUUAUUUUCUCUGGACUACAAAGUGAGUGUGCCUCAGGAAAUAACAACAUGAAGGAGGAUGCACAAUGAAAGCAAAACAUGUGAAGAAUUGACUGAUAAAGGGUUCAUAUGAAGUAGGGAGCAGUGAAUAGGAAAUGUUCCCUUCCCUUAAAAAUCUUUUUUUAUAUAUAUUUCUGUAAGAUAAGAAUUUUAAUAAAAAAUAAUUGUAAAAAA